AUGUUUUAUUUCCCUAUAAGAAAAUCGACGAAGAUACAGUUUGUUUUUUUAUAUCUGAGAAUUAUUUACGCAAUGUCUGAAACACGACUCUUAUGUUCAUGGUUUUGCCCAUUUGCCCAGAGGGCUUGGAUUGGUUUGCAGGAGAAAGAAAUUCCCUACAAGUAUGAAGAGAUUGAUCCUUACAACAAGACUGAAGAAUUCCUGAAGUUUAACCCCAGAGGACUGGUUCCUGUUGUUAUUCAUAAUGGAAAAGCUAUUUAUGAGUCAACAGUGUGCCUUGAGUAUAUGGAUGAAGCCUGGCCAGACAAACCCAAGCUUAUGCCAAAAGACCCUUAUGACCGGGCAGUGGUUCGAAUUUGGGCAGAUUUUGUUACCAAAAAGAUAAUUCCUUUUUUUUAUUCUCUUCUAAUGAAAGAUGAUGCAGAAGUACAAAAGGAAGGGAGAAAAUCCUUUUUGGAAAAUGUUGAGGCUUACACAAAAGCCAUGUCCCCUACAGGUCCAUACUUUAUGGGUGAGCAGUUUGGUUUGAUUGACAUCAUGCUUUACCCAUGGAUACAAAGGAUGCCUAUUCUGAAAUUCUAUCGUGAUUUUGAGAUCCCCACUGACACUGAUUGGUAUCCACGCUUUCAAAUGUGGUACAAGGCUUGUCGUGAACGCAAAAGCAUCGUCCCCACUGUUGCUGAUGAUCAAAGACUAAUUGAUGAAUAUAAACGAUAUGCCCACAAUACAACACAGAGUCAGGUUGCCCAAGCCAUUAGGGCAGGCAAAGCUUUACCUUGA